AUGGCCGACGUCGCCCUGCGCCUCCCCCGCGAGCUCGAGCUGAAAAUCUUCCGCGAGGCAUCGAUGCAGCACCCGCGAGGCAUCCCGACGCUCAUGCGGGUCGCGUCAUGGGUGAAGGAGUCGGUGGAACGGCUGCUCUCCGGUGCUCUGGUCAUCAUCCAGAAACCGAGUCCCGAUGCAUUUCCGCACCCAGAUACGCCAUUCCCCGUUCUGUCACCCGAAAUCUUCGACCAUCUCGUCGCUCAAAGCCAUUCUCGCUCGCUCAUUGCCCAGCUGACCGAGCGCCUCCUCUUCGGCGGAUGGCUCUCUGAAUCAGACAUCAGCGCCGUCCUCCAGCGAUGUCCUGCUGUCCACGCCGUCACCAUCGAGACGCACACACCAACGCGAGGCGCGGUCGACCUGUUCAGACAGUUCCGUGCGCGUAGCCGCCCGGUCGACAUGUUCAGUGCACUGCUGCAUCUCCGGCGACUCACCGGCAACCUAAUGCUGCUCUUCGGGAUGACCCUAUCCCAGUCCGUGGAGCUCUCGGCCCUGGCCCGCCUCACCCACCUCCACCUCCUGUGGCACCACGACCCGUGGCUGUGGGACGCGGUCCUCGCGCUCCCCGCGCUCACGCACCUGGCGAUCGACACCGGCGACAGGUAUCACGAAGUCGUGCAGCAUGACGUGCUGUCGUUAAAUCGGCUGCUUGACACACUCUCCGACCCACACAUGUCCUUAUCCGUCUUUGUCAUGGCCUACCAACGUCUUGCACACAUUCCCCUGGACGAGCGGUUGAUGGAGCACCCCGCGUGCCUCCUGUUCCAUCGCGGGAUGGCCCGGAUGGGGUGGCCUGAGUGGCAAGAUGAUUGGAAGGCAGGUGUGCUGUGUGGAUCUGGAUUUUGGGAGCGCGUGGAUGAACUCGCUAAGGAGCGGCGGGGCUUGCUCGGAAAUUAG